AUGCCUUUUAACCUCACCAAUACACCAACCAUCUUCCAACACUUUAUCAAUGAUUCCGUCCGUGACUACCUCGACAUAUUCUGUACAGCCUACCUUGACAAUAUUCUCAUCUAUAGCGACACUGUCGAGGAACAUCAGGUACAUGUCGAAAAAGUCCUGGAAGCCCUACAAAGAAAUGCAGUGUUGCUGAAACCAGAGAAAUGCGAGCUUGAUACACAAAGUACCACCUACCUCGACCUCAUCAUCGAACCCAAUAGCAUUAAAAUGGAUCCAAGGAAAGUGGGUUCAGUGAGGAACUGGACCAUCCCCAAAACAAUCAAGAAUGUGCAAGCAUUCCUGGCGUUCACCAACUUUUACCGCCGAUUCAUACCCCAAGCUGCCUUCAACGUCCUGAAGGAAGUCUUUACAACCGCUCCCAUCCUCACCCAUUUCGACCUUGAGAAGGAAAUUACUGUAGAAACAGAUGCAUUUGACUACGUCUCUGCCAGUAAGCGCUCCCCCACCGAAUGCAACUACGAGAUUUAUGACAAAGAAUUAAUGGCGAUCAUUCGAUCCUCUGAAGAAUGGCGACCGGACCUUAAAACGGCUGCAUACCCAAUCACCGUCAUAUCCGAUCAUAAAAAUCUCGAAUACUUUAUGAGUACUAAACAACUCAACCGGAGACAAGCACGCUGGGUGGAAUACCUCUCACUGUUCAAUUUUGUCAUCAAGUACCGACCAGGGAAACAAGGAGGAAAACUGGACGCAUCGAUAAGGAGAUCAGGAAAUCUCCCUGAAGAGGGGGAUGAAAGGCAAUUACAGCAGAGUCAAGUCGUAUUGAAAAAGGAGAAUUUUGAAGCAAAGCUAAGUUUGUUGACGGGUUCUUUCUCAAACAAACCCGCUGAAAAGAACGCCUCACUGAAUAGACUAUUCGAUGAGAGAUAUAACACUGACCCGUUUCCACAAAAGAUACUGGACAUGCGGAACAAAGGUGAACAACAAUCAAAGAUAUAUCACUCACCGAGUGUACCAAGGUUGAAGGCCGAUUGCUCUAACGAGGUAGCAUAUAUGUACCUGACUAUGACCCUCUCAAACUACGGAUCCUCAAACUAUAGCAUGACGCUCUCUCCAUCGGAGGCCCUGGACAUGAAAAAACAUUUGAACUCAUCAGUCGUGACUACUACUGGCCCCUGA